ACUGUACAUGCUGCAACAAUUGUCAUAUAUUUUUGUUUUCCAGCCUCACCCCGCUCAGUGUAGAAACUGCACACGUGUGGUCGACAUGACUGAACGUGUGCCGACUUUUGUUAAAAUUUCAGUAUUGUAAUUUAUGCAUUACAUUUCCAGCACAGUCUCAGAGAGGAUUUAUUCAGUCGGCAAACUAUAGGUAAUGAUAUUCUUCAACAUUGACAAGUAAUUAUCAAUUUCGUUUAGGUUGUAUAAUAAGUUAUUAUAGUAAUUGUAAUGGAGAAUUUUCGCAAAUAAAGUUGCGAAUAUUUGGAUGCUUUUGAUUGUAUGCAUAAAUUGAUCGAUGGCAAAGCAUUUCCAGGGAUGUGCUUCGUUUAGGGUUUCUGGCGUUAGGUGAAAUUUAACUGAAAGAUCAUUCUGUGCCGAAAUUGUCUAAGCAAAAAAUAAGCGCAAUCUGUAUUCCCAAGUCUCUUUGACGUCAGACUCGGAGGUGGUUUGGUCACGAGGUCUCCUCAACCUCGUUUCCACGGAACUUUUCACAUCAGCUGAUCAUCGAGCACACUAAGAAUUGGACGCGAUAGCAGGUUCUAAAUUGGCCCUUCGGUCCGCUUUCUGAACUGAAAGGAAAAUAAACCAAUAUUUCUGCCAUUUUGUUUUUUCCUAGUUAGACAAAAGCGAAGUAGCAGUCUCCGCAGCGGGCUCGUGUAAGGUACAGUUGGCAGAGGAGCCGCUAAAAUAAGCUGCACUAGCUGCAUGCAAGAGAAAAAUUCACUCCCCUCCUCACAAUUCUUCAUGGAGCAGUUGCCAACUUUUGCCAUUUUAGUGCGAACGAUCGUCGUAAGCGUGGUUUUUUCGUGGAUAUUUUCAGGUUAUCGGUAGACUAUUUCAAAUUAUCAAUUUCAGUUCAUCUGACAACACCAAUCUUCUGUUACGGCUCCGCGGUUCCAGCAGCCCAUCGGUUCGGCGUUGUGAUUUCCAUCCCAGUUAUUUUAAAAGGUUUGCGCAAACACUCCCCUCCCUACCCCAAAAAUACACUCCCCCUUCCACCACCAAACUUUGCUGCAAGCGGCGACAUUUAUAGCUGAACAACAACACGAGUCUUCGUAGCCCAAGCUGCCAAAAACGGAUAGCCUGUGAGAUACCCCUCCGGCUUUAUUUCAACACUUGUUCUUUUUUAAACAAUGAUGGUGCAAGCAUUCCGUUUAUUUCAACCAUUUCUUUCCCGCGUGAUUAUCUUAGGAUUCACCUCAGAGGAUUGCUGAAGAUAUAUAAAUGCAAAAAGCUGGAGAAUUUGUCUUAAAACUACCUUUCAACAUGUACUAGCAGUAAAGAACUGUCGCGUUUAUUAACGGAAGUGAUUACCAGUUGCUUUCAUUGUUCCGUCUGGUUUUUAGUAGUAAAGUUGCACUGGUAAACCUAUUAACUCGAUCUGAAGGCCAUUAAAAGCGUAUUUACUUAGGGUGCCUCCAAUGAAUAGUCCGAUAUGUCGUCGUUUGGUCGGUAACUUAUUUUCCGUGUUUAGAGGGGGAUUGUAUUUUCUAUUCACCGACUGAUAUUUUAGCUGGCACAGGUUAAAAAUCUUGCUGUUAUCUACUCAUGCAUGAUUGUUAGCAGCUAUGUGCCAGUGAAAACGGCAGCGCUUUGCAAAACAUAUGCCAUGUUCCUUUAUCAAACAAAACACGGAGGAGAAAAGUAAGCAUUCUUAUAGGUUUAAUGUUCGGAUUUAAUUUAAUUGGUUAAGUCGUCUGACUCGGUGGGUAAAUAAUUAAAUGCCUGUAGGCCAUGAUAAAACUAGGAGACUACAUCGUGAAAACGCAGAUGACGUUUGUUACCAAUUGCAGGCCAGGCAAACUAGGAAGACCCCAAACACGGCAACAACGGUGUUCGAUAGAGGGUCAGCCUCUUUAAUACAGCUGUAAUGUCUACAUCCUGGGAUUUAUCUUCCAUUAUACGGAUGAACGAACUUAAAGUCAAAACAUCGCACGACCCAAGAUUUCGCGCUAUACCGAAAGUCUACAGAUCGCCAAAAAUAUCGAGCCACGUUCGACUCGCCUCCGGAGCAAAAAGUCGAGUUCUGAACGCAGAGAAAACAUUUCAAAUGGAAAAAGAACAAGAAGAGAACAACAAUAAUGUGGAUGGUGUAUCAAGCCCAUUUGAGUUCUUUAGGCAGCACAGUUUUGACAAACAAGUUGAUUUGAACGGUUGGAUCAUUGACCCGAAAGCCGCUUGUGAAAUUGGUUCCCAGUUAGUUCCACGUUCAACUAUUGUACGUUUAUCCCUCGCUAACAGCCAUCUUGGAGACGAAGGAGGGAAAGCUGUAGCUAAAGGCCUGGAGGAGAACUUUUCUGUGAGAGAGCUUGACCUGUCUGGUGAUAUGCUUGGACAGAAUGCUAUUUCCAGCAUUGGAGAGAUGCUCAAUAAGAACCAAACUGUAGAAAAACUGAAUCUCUCGAGGAACAACUUAACCGACCCGGACGUGGAAUCUCUCCUCGCUGCUCUUUGCCGUAAAACUGUUCUAAAAGAACUGGACUUGUCUCAAAACAUUCUAUGUGAUCAAUUCGCCAAGCAAAUGUCUUUUGUUUUGGAGAAGAACUUUGUACUCGAAAAGCUUUUCGUUAACUCAAAUCAGCUUGAAGUAACGGGGUUACAGGCCUUUUUGCCAGGUUUACGAAAAACCAAAACGCUGUCUGCUUUCAACAUUUCAUGGAAUUACUUACGCGACCAAGGAGCUGAAAUUCUUGGCGAAGUAAUCGCUAGCAAUCGAAGCCUUGUUGAAAUUUCAGCUUGUGGGAAUCUGUUUACGCCCCAAGCCGCAAGCUUCAUUGCAAAGGGUGUUGCUAACAACUCAAAAUUGAAAGUUCUUCGUAUAGGUCAAAAUUUGAUAAGGAGCACAGGGGCGUUUGAAUUUUUGAAUGUUUUUAUAGCGGAAGGUGGGUUAUCCGAAAGCGGGAUGCCUACAACAGUGUUAGAAAUUUUAGAUAUUAAUGGUACCAUUGUUGACGAAAAAUUCAAAGAACUAAUUGAGACAGAGUUGACCGAAAGGUUUCCAUCUGUGAAGGUCGUCAAUUUUUCCCUUAUUGAACGUGUUAGUGCAGAUAGCGAAAAUCUGUAAACAAUUACGAUACACUGUACUGUGAGUAUCGGUUUAUAGAUAGCAAGAUAACUAAAUCAUCUGGACUGACAAAUCCAGGAAUUGGAGACAGAAAGCGAAAUUUUGCACUUUUUUAAAACCAAACAUGGCCUUUCCGCAUGUAAAACGUUUAAUUAACACUAUAUGGAGAUAUAAUAAUUCUAAAAGGUGCAAUUAAUUUACAGGGUUUUUAGAUCAGAUCCUCUUUCUUAUUGUAAAGGAAAAGAAAUUAAAAUAAUGUAUUAGUUGUUGUGAUUACUCUUUGAAUCGGAAACAUGGGGAAAAGAGACAAGAAGAAAAGCAAUCAGUAUUUAUAAAGAAAUGCUCUUUUAUUUAUCCAAGCUGAAGACCUCACAUUCCUGUCAACAGCACUGACUAAAUAAGCUGAUUUGUACCGGAAACGAAUUAAAGUACUCUACUAGGUUCAGUAUUAUUCUUUGGCGUGUUUUAUCGACUCAGACGGAUUACAUGCAUUAUUACAGCUGCAUUACCGGCAGGAGGAUCAGGACUCAUGCCAUACGAACAGAUUAAAGCUGUAUUCCGUCUGACACUGGAAUAUUCCGGCUUUCUGGUGAUCAGAUAGUUAUAAACUUGUCCCUAGCAGUGUAUAUAUUCGGCUAAUACUGUUUGCAUAGAAAAGACGGAUAAAUUUCAAUAACAGUGCCAAGACAGGACUAUUUGGGGUUUUUAUAUCAGGAUACUUAUGCUGCCAUGUCCUAGUCCUAUCACUGAUGACGGCAAGGAAUCAAAUUGAGCUGAAUUCAAUUGCUCUGACAGGACGUUCGUUGAAGAUGCUUCUCAAACGUUGCGCCGGGGAAAAUCAAGUUAUUGGUAUGA